ACGACCCUGACCUUUGCAGUCCUCGCCAUUGUGGCAUGCUGCGUGUCGGCCAGCUACCCUGUGGCGUACAGACAGGCAGACAGGUCCCGCUCCUACGGCUACGACCGAUCUGGACAUUACUCUGACCAGGCCCACGGAUACGUCCGAGACGGCUACGCUUACGACGGACACAACGACUACGGCUACGCUCCCAGACGUAACUACUACGCCGACAAGUACUUUGACUACAGCAGGAAAGGUUCCUACAACGGCCACGUGUACGGCCAGGAGCAGAGCCAUGACGUGUACUCUUACGGACACCCAGCCAGGUACGGUUACAACGACUACAACAACCAGCACGGCUAUGGAAAGAACUACGUCCACGGUUAUGAUUCAAGCUACAACAAAGACAACUCCUACAGCACUAAGCAACACCUCUAUCUGGCCGCCGCCGCCAGAGGGCAUUACGGACAGUACCCCGGCCACAGUGACGUCACUUACGGAAACGUCCACCAAUACGUCCCCGCCCCCGCCCAUUCUUACAGACACAAGAGAGGCGCUGCUUAUGCUCCAGGGUACUACAGCCAAGCCCAGUACCGUCGCUAUGGUUACGCUGAGGACGCACACAAGAGGUACGACGCCUCCUACGGCUACCAAAGCACUUACCAAGUGCCCAGCUAUGGCCACCAAAGCACUUACCAAGUGCCCAGCUAUGGCUACAACUAUUACAGGCCCAGUUAUCACAAUGGUUACAAUGGUUACCGCCCAUACAACAGAUAUUACAACCUGUACCAUUAAACACCCAGCAACAGGUCUGAAAUGAGACUGAUGUUCACAAUACAAUGUCCAUCUUUUCGCCUUUGGUAUUUGCUUUGUUGUUGUUGUUGUUGUUGUUGUUGUCACGAACGCACAACUAGGGACGCAUAAAACCGAACCGCCUUCACAGCAGGCAAUAAUGAUUUUAAGAGAAAAAAUAUUAUUUCCCGUCCUUUCGUACUUUUCUCUCUGAUUCUAUAAAUGUAGCUUUUCGUUUCGCUACUGGAGCCUAAUGAUGGGUCCAGAGAAUGAAUGCUUGGUCUUUGCUUUCGUUUUAAAUUAUAUAAUAGCACAAGGCGCACAAUGCACAGGCUAUGUGACUCAUCUUUCUUUUCUUUAGAACGUAGAAAUCGGAUCGGUCUUGUUUUGUGCCUGUACCUGUUCUGGAAAAGCGCUCUGGGGUGGGCAUAUUCUUUCAUUCCGUGGAGGUAUGUACCGUGGACUCAUAGAUCCUACGCACAGCUGCUCUCUCAUUAUCGGCCUGACGUCAAGAUGAUGACGUUGUCUGACUUUCGACACAUUAUUUUGGUCAAGAGCUGUACUCCAGGAAGUAACGUCAGGACAAUGGGUUCUGCUGCUUUUCU